AUGGCCACGUUCACCAGGAACCAGGGCGGCCCUGGAGGCAAGGGCUCAGCGACGGUGCAGAAAGGGCCCUUGGACCUGAUUGAGACGGGCAAAGGGCUGAAGGUGCAGACGGACAAGCCCCAUCUCGUGAGCCUGGGCAGCGGGCGGCUCAGCACAGCCAUCACCCUGGUGCCUCUGGAGGAAGGGAGGACAGUGAUUGGCUCUUCGGCCAAGGACAUCGCCUUGCAGGGGCCGGGCCUGGCCCCCGAGCACUGCUACAUCGAGAACCUGCGGGGCACCCUCACCCUCUACCCAUGCGGCAAUGCCUGUGCCAUCGACGGGCUCCCGGUCCGGCAGCCCACGCGGCUCACGCAGGGCUGCAUGCUGUGCCUGGGCCAGUCCACCUUCCUCCGCUUCAACCACCCCGCCGAAGCCAAGUGGAUGAAAAGCAUGAUCCCGGCUGGGGGCCGCGCCCCGGGGCCCCCCUACGGCCCCGGCCCAGAGCCAGAAAGCCUAGUGAACGGGAACCACGCCCCGCAGCCUGCGGCCCAGGGCCCCGCUGCCUACACCAGCCACAGCUCCCUGGUGAGCUCCAUCGAGAAGGACCUGCAGGAGAUCAUGGACUCGCUGGUGCUGGAGGAGCCCGGUGCCGCCGGCAGGAGACCUGCCGCCGCGUCCGCGCUGUCACCCGUGGCCAACGGGGGUCGCUACCUGCUGUCGCCCCCCACCAGCCCCGGCGCCAUGUCUGUGGGCUCCAGCUACGAGAACACCUCCCCGGCCUUCUCUCCACUCUCCUCCCCGGCCAGCAGCGGGAGCUGUGCCAGCCACUCGCCCGGUGGGCAGGAGCCGGCCCCCCCGGUGCCCCCUCUGGUGCCCGUGCGCUCCUCCAGCUACCACCUGGCCCUGCAGCCCCCGCAGGCCCGGCCCAGCGGGGCCCGCCCCUCUGAGAGCCCCCGGCUGGGCAGGAAGGCGGGGCACGAGCGGCCCCCCAGCCCCGGCCUCCGGGGGCUGCUGCCCGCCAGCCCCACCGCGCCUGUCCUGGCCGAGGCCCACAGAGCCACCGAGAGCCCCUGGCGGGGUGGACAGCCGCCCAUGGUGGCCAUCAGCCUGAGCGAAUACCCAGCUCCCGGCGCCCACAGCCAGCCCACCAGUGUCCCCGGCAGCCCCAAGUUCCAGCCCCCGGUGCCCGCACCCCGGAACAAGAUGGGUGUGCUCCAGGACCGCCCCCCCAGCCCUCUGCGCGAGCUGCCGGGCAGCCCCUCCCGCCAGACGGUGGUCCGCACGCUCUCGGACGGGCCGGCCCCCCGCCCCCUGCAGCCCUCCGAGAGCCCCCGCCCGGGCCGCCGGGGCCUGGACAGCCUGCGGGAGCUGCCCCCGCUGAGCCCGGCCCUGCCCCGGCGGGCUCUGUCCCCGCUGCCCUCCCGGGCCCCCCCAGACCCCAAGCCGACCAGGGACGUGGCGGAGAGCCCCCGGGCCCGGCGCUGGGCAGCCCCCGGCGCUUCACCGGAGGACUUCUCGCUGACUCUGGGGGCGCGGGGCCGGAGGACACGGAGCCCCUCGCCCACCCUCGGGGAGUCCCUGGCACCCCACAGGGGCAGCUUCAGUGGCCGGCUGAGCCCGGCCUACAGCCUGGGCUCCCUUCCGGGGGCUGUGGCCCGGCAGAGCCCGCGCGCCCGGAGGAAGCUGUCGGGCGGGGACCUGCCGGCGCCGGCCGCCCGGGAGCGGAAGCAUAGCAUCACGGAGAUCAGCGACAACGAGGAUGAGCUGCUGGAGUACCACCGGCGGCAGCGGCAGGAGCGGCUGCGGGAGCAGGAGAUGGAGAGGCUGGAGCGGCAGCGCCUGGAGACGAUCCUGAACCUGUGCGCCGAGUACAGCCGGGCGGACGGGCCCGAGGCCGGGGAGCUGCCCAGCAUCGGGGAGGCCGCUGCUGCCUUGGCCCUGGCCGGCCGCAGGCCCUCGCGAGGCUUCCCAGGAGCCCCUGGGGGCCCCGGGCGGAGCGGCGAGGAGCCUGGGGGAGGCCCUGUGCGGCUAUGGGAGAGCAUGGACCGCGCCGAGGAGGACAACCUCAAGGAGGAGUGCAGCAGCACCGAGAGCACCCAGCAGGAGCAUGAGGAGGUGCCGGGCGCCGGGCUGCAGGGCGAGGUGCUGGCGCUGGAGGAGGAGCGGGCGCAGGUGCUCGGGCGCGUGGAGCAGCUCAAGGUGCACGUGAAGGAGCUGGAGCAGCAGCUGCAGGAGUCGGCUCGCGAGGCUGAGAUGGAGCGGGCGCUGCUGCAGGGCGAGCGGGAGGCGGAGCGGGCGCUGCUGCAGCAGGAGCAGAGGGCGGCGGAGCAGCUGCAGGAGAAGCUGGUGGCCCUGGAGACGGGCGUCCAGAAGGAGAGGGACAAGGAGGCCGAGGCCCUGGACACGGAGACAAAGCUCUUUGAGGACCUGGAGUUCCAGCAGCUGGAGCAGCAGAGCCGCGUGGAGGAGGAGCGGGAGCUGGCCGGCCAGGGGCUGCUGCGGAGCAAGGCCGAGCUGCUGCGCAGUGUAGCCCGGAGGAAGGAGCGCCUGGCAGUGCUGGACAGUCAGGCCGGGCAGAUCCGGGCUCAGGCCGUGCAGGAGUCCGAGCACCUGGCCCAGGACAAGAACGCCUCCCUGCAGCUGCUGCAGAAGGAGAAGGAGAGACUGGCGAUGUUGGAGAGAAGACACCACGCCCUCACGGGAGGCAGGCCUUUCCCGAAGACGCCGUCCACCCUCAGAGAGGUGUUCCGUUCCAAGAUGGACGGGGAAGCCGCCAGCCCCCCGGCCCGCACCUGCGGCCCCCUGCCCUCGUCCUCCGGCUCCUCCUCCUCCUCCUCCCAGCUCAGCGUGGCUGCCUUGGGCCGCAGCCCUUCCCCAAAGAGCGCGCCCCUCACCCAGAACGGCCCGGGCAGCCUGCCCCGCACGCUGGCGGCCACGCUGCAGGACAUCGAGGCCAAGCGGCAGCUGGCCCUGCAGCAGAAGGGGCAGCAGGUGAUCGAGGAGCAGCGGCGGAGGCUGGCUGAGCUGAAGCAGAGAGCCGCGGCCGAGGCUCAGUGCCAGUGGGACGCCCUGCACGGGGCGCCCCCCUUCCCGGCCGGGCCCUCGGGCCUCCCCCCGCUCAUGCACUCCAUCCUGCACCACCUGCCUGGCCGGGAGCGCGGGGAGGAGGGCGAGCACGCCUACGACACGCUGAGCCUGGAGAGCUCCGACAGCAUGGAGACCAGCGCCUCCGCGGGCCACUCCACCUGCUCCCCCGACAACGUGUCCAGUGUGAGCGGCCUGGACGCGGGGAAGCUGGAGGAGAUGGAGCAGAUGCUGAGAGAAGCUCACGCCGAGAAGAGCCGCCUCGUGGAGUCCAGGGAGCAGGAGCUGGGGCGGCGGCGGCAGGCGCUGGAGGAGGAGCGGCGGCGGCGGGAGCACGUGGAGCGCCGGCUGCAGAGCGAGAGCAGCCGGAGGCAGCAGCUGGUGGAGAAGGAGGUCAAGCUGCGCGAGAAGCAGUUUUCCCAGGCGCGACCCCUGACCCGCUACCUGCCCGUCCGGAAGGAGGACUUUGACCUGAAGACCCACAUCGAGUCCUCAGGCCACGGUGUGGACACCUGUCUGCACGUGGUGCUCAGCAGCAAGGUCUGUCGUGGCUACUUGGUCAAGAUGGGCGGCAAGAUUAAGUCAUGGAAGAAGCGCUGGUUUGUCUUCGACCGGCUCAAGCGCACCCUCUCCUAUUAUGUGGACAAGCACGAGACGAAGCUGAAGGGGGUGAUCUACUUCCAGGCCAUUGAGGAGGUGUACUACGACCACCUGCGCAGCGCGGCCAAGAGCCCGAACCCGGCCCUCACCUUUUGCGUGAAGACGCAUGACCGGCUGUACUACAUGGUGGCCCCGUCCGCAGAGGCCAUGCGCAUCUGGAUGGACGUCAUCGUCACCGGGGCCGAGGGCUACACUCAGUUCAUGAACUGA